UUGAUUGUGAGAGACUAGAGAAGAUGAAGACAAUAUUUCGAGCCGAGAUGAAGAAAAGAACAAUGUGUGUGAUGUCAGAAGAAAACGGAGACUAUGAUGGCAGACUGCUAUAUCGGGAAGAAAACGGAGACUUUUAUGGUAUGGUCAAUCGCGAAGAAUACGGAGAUUAUUAUGAUAGAAAACGGUUUGAAAGGAAGGGUGGACUUAGGUAAAAACUGCAAUAUGGCUAUAAUACAGUGCAAAAUAAGACUUACUUGAGUGGUGUGUGUUUUAGUAAUAAAUGAAUGGCUGACUGGAUGGCUGGCUGGCUGGCUGGCUGGCUGGGUUCCCGGCAACACUGAAAUACAUCAAACACUCAAUUUUUUUUUUCUCUCUAUGUUUAUAAUUAAUUCUUUUGUCUUUAUUCGUCUCUCAUACAUACAUACAUACAUACAUACAUGCUUGACUCAGUUGUGUGAAAAUAUAUACUGGUUAACUCUCUCUCUCUCUCUCUCUCUCUCUCUCUCCGUAUUUUUCUUUUUUCUGUUAUCUUUCCUCCUCCUCCUCCUCCUCUUCCUCCUUCACCUCCUCCUUCUCCUUUUUUCACUCUACAUCAGCAGAAUCUCAAACACACGCGCACACACACACACAUAGAGAGAGAGAGAGAGAGAGAGAGAGAGAGAGAGAGAUUAAAGUAGCGGGUUGGAUCUGAAAAAGCAUUUAUUUGUAAGAUAAUAUUUAAGUGACAGAUGAAAAAUGAAUUAGCAGUUUUAAAUAUGAAAAUAGAAAACGGGAUAUGUGCUUUUCAGAAAUGAUGGGAACGAAAAUGGCAGAAGAAAGAUGGAAAUGGAUGGAAAAUAAUAAUAAUGAUAAAUACAAGAAAAAGUAUAAUAAACGGGAAAGCUCUUAUUAAUUUACUUUUAUUAUUUAUUAUCUUGCAAGGAUGAAUCGAAUGUUUAUUUGUUUGUUUGUUUGUUUGUUUUGUUUUGCGUAGUUGGUAACAAAUGGCAGUAGGGAUACGAGCCUGUGAGUUUUUUUUUUUUUUAUAAGUAAAUGAAUGAGAGAAUACGAGGUACAAGCCUAUUUAUCUAUUUAUUUAUUUAUUUAUUUAUUUAUUGUAUGGGUGAGUGAGUAGGGGAAACAAGCCUAGUCAGUAAUGAAUGAGGCUACGUUAUAUGGAAAGAGAAAUGGCUUAUUACCGUAUUUUAGAGGAAACAAGCCUAGUCAGUAAUGAGGCUACGCUAUAUGGGAUGAAAAAUUAGUUAUUAGCAUAUUAAUUUCUUCUCUUCUCAUAUGGGUGAGCGAGUAGGGGAAACAAGCCUAGUCAGUAAUGAGGCUACGCUAAUAUAGAAAGAGAAAAUUACUUAUUAAUCCUUUCACUGCUAUUUACCACAUCUUUCCUUAAUCACUAACCAUUCUGAGACAUUUCCUCUCGUUUUAUGGUCACUUCCAAACAUUGUACUGUCUAGAAAUUGCAAUAUAUCUUCUAAUUCCUUUAUUUCUUGUAGACGGUUAUAAAGAUUUCUUACGUUGCUUCAGAUGUCAAAAUUUUUUUAGCAUAUCGCAGGGAAAGAGUGAAUGGGGAAUGGGUUUGCGUUGAAUAUCAGGGUAAUGGGAAAUGGGGAAAUAAAUAAGGAAUAAGUGAGGGAUGAUAGAAAUAGAAGUAGAUGAUAAGUAUGAUAAAGAGAGAAGAGGAAGAAUUAUAUAUAUAUAUAUAUAUUGUACAAUGUAAAUGAAGUAAUGACUAUACAUACACGUACAUACCAGAUGCUACAAUGAAUAAUGCAUAUCAAACUAUCUAUCCUACAUCCCCCCCUUCUCCAUCCCCCCCCCCUCUUCUUCUUCUUCCCGUUUUCAGUCAUCCCUUUUUUCAUGGUGCUUUUUGAGAAUGAAUAAAUAAUGAAUGAUAAAAAAAAAGACAGGCAUAUGAUUGUAAAUACACAAAUAAAAUGAAUAAUGAUAAAUGAAUGAUGAUGAAAAGGAGUUAGGUUUGUGAUUUUAUUUAUUUUUAUUUUAUUUUUUUUUUAAUAGUGAAUGAAAGGGUGAGUGUAAUGUAUAUAUAUAAAUAAAUGAAUAAAGAUGUGAAAUUGUAUGAAAUGAAUAACGAUAUAAUGGUGAAAAAAAAAAAUCGAUGUAAACUUUUCAAUUUGUUAACUCUUUCAAUUUAAUUUCGUUUUCAUCUUAUUUUAUUUUUGUAUCAUCUUUAUCAUUUGUGGAGUAACGAAUGACAAAGAAUAAUGUAAUAAAUAAAAAAAAUAAUAGUAAUAAGAAAAAAAAUAAAUAAAUAAACAUUGCGUUCAUUAUUUAUUUAUUUUAUUAUUUCUUAUAUGAAUGACAGGCUGAGUAACUGAAAUGUAACAAAGAUGAAUGAGAAUAAAUAUUUUAGGGUCGUAUUUAGGAUGACAUGGCGACCGUCAGUGUUAAGCGACCCAGCGGCAGGAAUACUAUGAUUUUUUUGUAUCUUUCUUUCCAUAAAUGCUACAAAUGAA